AUCAGUUAGACAGACUCCAAAAUCUAUAAAAACCCUUUUUUUAGUGUUUCCAAAAUCUCAAUUUUGCUCAUGAUCCUUCUUCUUCCUACUCUCUUUGUCUUCCCAAGAAAUCAACUCGAACAGGCUUUUGCUACAAUGAAUCCUCUUAAUUCAGCAGAGUUGAAUGCUCUCGUCUUUCGUUAUCUCACUGAAUCAGGUUUCACACACACAGCAUUUGCAUUGGGAUAUGAGGCAGGGUUGAACAAGAGUCCUAUUGAUGGAAAUUUAAUUCCACCAGGUUCACUUGUGAAAAUUGUGCAGAAAGGACUUCAAUAUGUGGAGUUGGAAGUGAAUGCGAUGGAGAAGUGUGAUUCAAGUGUUGAUGAUGAUUUUUCAUUUAUACAACCUCUGGAUCUUAUAACCAAGGAAGUGCCUGAACUGCUGCAAAUUGUAAAAGAAAAGAAAGCCAAAAUUCAGAGACAGAGGGAGAGGAAUGGAGGGAAAUCUAUGGGAUUUGAUCAAGAGCAACAACUGGAACACCAACGAGGAAACGAGAAGGUAAAACAAGGAAUUGGCGGAAGGCCUGAAAAGGAUAAGGAGAGGAAACCUAAGAAAAAGAAGCUAGUAAAGUGGAAAGACCAAGAAGCUAGUAAAGUGGAACUAUCCACGCGUGUACCAUGUUUGGCUAGUAAGAUUCCUAGUUCUGAUGUAACUGUCUUUGAAGGACAUUCUUCUGAGGUUUUUGCUUGUGCGUGGGACCCAGUUGGUUCACUUCUCGCAUCAGUGUCGAAAGACUCCACAGCAAGGAUUUGGACAAUUUUGGAUGGUCCUUGUGGCUCUAAGAUGCAGAAUGGGCGUCAAAAUGAAAUAGUGCUGGAACACUGUAAGGGUGACAUGAAUCAGACCACCCGGGAUGUUACAGCGCUUGACUGGAAUGGAGAGGGGACAUUACUUGCGACAGCUUCAGUAGAUGCAAAAGCAAGGAUAUGGAGUAGAGAUGGAGAGCUAAGGGCCACCUUGAGCAAUCAUAGAGGGCCAAUCCUCUGUAUAAAAUGGAACAAAGAGGGUAAUAAUCUUCUUACUGGAAGUUUCGAUGGAACUGCUAUUGUGUGGCGGUGGCGAAUGGAUACCUUAAGACGGACUCAAAAAUUUGAAUUUCACUCUGAUCGAGUCAUGGAUGUUGAUUGGCGGGAUUGCGACACAUUUGCAACGAGCUCAGCUGACACCAAAAUAAACGUUUGCAAGGUUGGAGAGAAUCAUCCUGUUAAAACCUUUUUGGGGCAUAAGGGAGAGGUCAAUUCUGUAAAAUGGGAUGCAUCUGGUUCUCUGUUGGCUUCUUGCUCUGAUGAUGGCACGGUAAAGAUUUGGAGUAUAAAUCAAGAUGAGUACGUCCAUGACUUAAAGAAGCAUACCAAGGAGGUAUAUGCUGUUAAAUGGUGCCCUACUGGUCCUGGAACAAGCAACCCUAACCAGUCUCCUAUACUAGCAAGUGCAUCGUAUGACACAACAAUAAAACUAUGGAAUGUAGAAGCUGGAACCCUUCUCAGAAGCUUAAAUGACAGGGGUCCUGUUUACUGUGUUUCAUUCAGCCCAAAUGGAGAGUUUUUGGCAAGCGGAACUUUGGGUAACGUUAACAUCUGGUCAGUGAAGGAAGGGAGAAUUGUGAAAACAUACCAAGGGAGGGGUAGCAUAUUUGAAGUCUCCUGGAAUAAGGAAGGUACCAAGAUUGCUGCAUGUUUUCAAAACAGGGUGUGUGUCAUGGAUGUGAGAAUGUAGCAAGAUACUUUGCUGCUUUGAAACGUCAGAACAAGUGCUUCCUUCCAAAAAGAAAUAUAGGCAAAUGUCUGUACAGGUUUUAAUAGUAUUAAUAACUGAAGAGUUUGUAAAAAAAACAAUCAAAAAGUUUGAAUACCAAAAUUACAGUUUACUGCAA